GGCAAGCAAGAUUCCUUGGAGGCGGGUCAAAAAAAGACAAUUUGAUCCCCUUCAGAGGAAACUCUAUAUAAAGCCCGUCAUACGCAGUUUCCGACAUAUUCAGCAACGAAGACAAUACUGGAAGCAAAUAGACUAAAGUUUCAAAAGUGCUAGAUUGAGAUUGCUGCUGGCAUUCUAUAAGCCAAGUCGAUGGUAAUGGAAGGAUUCAUAUUAUCAAAGCGGCUAUGGAUUCAAGUCUUGUUAUUAGGCUUUGUACUUUGCUGUCUAAACGUUAGAGCACAACAGCUGCUAGAUGGACGAUGGGACCUUCUGUUGGAGAACGCGGGUGUUUCUGCAAUGCAUAUGACACUUUUGCACACAAAUAAAGUGCUCAUCUUCGACCAGACUCUUGCGGGUCCGUCGCAGAUUAGCAGAACUGACCCAAUCUGCAGUAGCAAAACACCAGCUGCGGGCGAGGAUUGUUCGGCGCACUCAAUCGAAUACGAUAUUGCCACCAACAAGGUGAGGCCUCUUCACGUCAUCACCGACACAUUUUGUUCCUCCGGCUCCUUUGCCAGCAAUGGAACGCUGGUGCAAACUGGCGGAUGGAGCAAUGGCGACAGAGUGACCCGUUUCUUCACGCCAUGCUCAGAUUCCUCCUGCGACUGGGUCGAAUCUCCCACAUUAAUGUCCUCCAGAAGAUGGUAUGCUUCCAAUCAGAUCUUGCCUGAUGAUCGGAUCAUCGUUGUGGGAGGUCGUAGAUCGUUUAAUUAUGAAUUCGUCCCGAAGCGACCAGGAGAGGGGGCCUUCAAUCUCCCGUUUCUAGCAAAGACCAAUACCGUCGACGAGGAGAACAACUUGUACCCAUUCACACAUCUGUCGUCCGACGGCAAUCUCUUCGUCUUCGCCAACAAGGAUUCAAUCCUCCUCGACUACAAAAAGAACCAGGUGCUCAGAACUUUCCCCACCAUGCCUGGCGGUGGCGCGCGGAACUACCCUUCAUCGGGUUCCUCCGUCAUGCUCCCGCUCGACUCCGCUAACAAUUUCCAAAGAGUGGAGAUUCUCAUCUGCGGAGGAGCGCCCGACGGAGCCUUCAAAAAAGCCACAUUUAACAAGACGUUCGUGGAGGCGCUCAAGAGUUGCGGGAGAAUGGAGAUCACGUCGCCAAAUCCAGUGUGGCAAAUGGAGGACAUGCCCGGGCCGAGGGUGAUGAACGACAUGCUCAUACUCCCCACCGGGAAAAUCCUCAUAAUCAACGGUGCGAAGCAAGGAACCGCCGGGUGGCAAUCUGCGAGAGAGCCUGCUCUGAGCCCGUUCCUCUACAGAUCCGCGGAAGCCAUUGGAAAUCGGUUUCGGGUCCUGGCUCCUACAACAAUUCCGAGAAUGUACCACGCUACUGCAAAUGUUCUUCCAGACGGACGGGUCCUGGUGGGCGGAAGCAACUCCAAUUUUGGAUACCGCUUCUCUGGUGUACCAUUCCCCACUGAACUUCGACUGGAAGCGUACAUUCCUUAUUACCUGCAUUCCAAUUACGACACGAAAAGGCCAGUCGUUACUUCCAUUUCUACCAGGAACAUUAAGUACGGCUCCACAUUCGUAGUCGGUUUCUCCCUUCCAAUGCGACCUGGCGCAAACCUUCGUUUUCACGCCUAUGCCCCUCCUUUCACCACGCACACAUGGUCGAUGAACCAGAGAAUGUUGUCGUUGGCAGCCACAGCGGUCUCCGAAGGAAGUGGCGGCUAUUCGGUGGGUUUGACGGCUCCACCCACUGCGGUGGCGGCUCCGUCUGGGUAUUACUUGCUCACCGUUGUGAAUGGAGGGGUUCCCAGCAAGGCUGAAUGGAUUCGCUUCAUUAAUUAGAAAAGUACAGAGGAGAAAAUCUGAACUCUUGGUGAUUGCUAUUAUUCUUUGAUUGUUGAUAAAAGCAAAAUAAAGCUUUAAUCCCGAAAUGGGGACGAGAAGAGUGGGCAAAAUGAUUGUAUACCACAUUACUUAUUAUUUACACGGCAUAACCAGUCGGGGCCAUCUGAUGUCGACUACCUACCUGUCAUUGCCAUUUUUUACAUU